AUGGUGGAGCUUCCUUCCUCUACAGACAUUGAAGAGUUUGAUCCAUGGAUGGGGAGCUUAUCUGGUUUACGUCAACUUGUACUAAAUGGAAUGGAGAAGCUGGUAUCACUCCCCUUCCAUAACUGCUUCAAACUAAAUCAAGAAGCGAGAGAUCUCAUCAUCCAGACUCCAACCAAUGAAUAUGCAGUCUUUCCCGCUCAAGAAGUGCCUCAGUGCUUCACAUACCGAUCAUCUGGGAGUUCCUUAACUGUGAAGUUGACUCAAAUGCCUCUUGGCACAUCAACCAAAUUUAAGGCUUGCAUCAUAUUACCUGGUGAUGUGGACGAAAAUGACUUAAGAUGUUGGCGAAGAGCAUAUGUGUGCUGUAGAAUCACGUCUAGAGGGAAUGAUCUCAAUACUUGUUUUAAAAUAGCAGAACGGGUUGUUCCGGGGCAUCUGUACGCAUUCGAGGUUGAGGUUGAAACAGAGGAGAUGACUUCCACCGAGCUUGUUUUUGUGUUCGAGAUCCAGUUCGACUAUUCACUUGUAGAAAGGUCCGAAGAAUGGGAGAUAAAAGAAUGCGGGAUGCUUCAACUCUUGGAGGUCCCUUCCCUUCAUGCUGAUAAACAUUAUUGA